GUUCCUGAUGAUAAGCUACACGAACCCACCAUUUAUUCAUUCAGGACACAGGAGCAGGACAUCGCAGCCACGGGCUUCCAGCGCUUCCUCAAUGUCCUCAACAAAGGGGUGGACAUCAACAAGUUCUCAAAGAUUGUCAACAACGUGAAUGAGUUACCCCCUAUGCAGGAGGGCCAUCCAAAGACUACCUACAGGAGUGAGAUUAAGGGGGCCCCAGCACAGAGCUCUCAGGAUUGCUUGGGGCCCCAUAGUAGAGCUCUGCCACAGGACCACAGUCACUCACACAUUCGUGGAGAAAGGAGACCGGGUCUCCCACACGGCCAGCUCCAGAGCCUGCUAGAGUCCAUCGGGCUAGACCUGGGGGUGGAGGAGUUGGGCCGACUGUCAGACCGGACCAAGGAGAGACUGUACGGGAUGAAGAGAGACCAGGAGAGGAGUCCCUUGACGUCAGACAGAUCCAGCCCCUUCCCCCUUUGCCACCAGCACUCAAAUCUGACCUUUGAUUACAGCCAUUCUACUACCAGAGACUGGGAUAGAGAGGGAGACAGAGACAACUCUGAUAGAGACCGAGACAAAUAUAUGAGAGACAGGGAGGGAGACAGGAAUAGGCACUCUAGUACUAGAGACUGGGACAGAGAACGAGACGAGGACACAGAGAGGGACGAAUCUAAGAGAAACAGAGACUGGGCCAGUUCUGAGAGAGACCGAGAGAGAGACGGGGACAAAUCUGAGAGAGAGAGGGACAGGCGCUCUAGUACCAGGGACAGAGACAGAGACAAGGACAGGCACUCUGGUACCAGGGACAAGCGCUCUGGUACCAGAGACAAGGACAGGCACUCCGGUACCAGAGACAGCGACAGGGACAGGCGCUCUAGUACCAGGGACAGCGAGAGAGACAGGCACUCUGAUACCAGGGACAGGCGCUCUAGUACCAGGAACAGAGACGGGGACAGGGACAGGCGCUCUAGUACCAGGGACAGGGACAGGCGCUCUAGUGACAGGGACAGGCGCUCUAGUACCAGGGACAGGCGCUCUAGUACCAGGGACAGAGACAGGGACAGGCGCUCUAGUACCAGGGACAGAGACAGGGACAGGCGCUCUAGUACCAGGGACAGGGACAGGCACUCUAGUACCAGAGACAGGGACAGGCGCUCUAGUACCAGGGACAGAGACAGGGACAGGCACUCUAGUACCAGGGACAGAGACAGGCGCUGUAGUAACAGGGACAGGCGCUCUAGUAACAGGGACAGGCGCUCUAGUGCUAGGGACAGAGACAGGGACAGGCGCUGUAGUACCAGGGACUGGGACAGAGAUGGUGACUGGGACGAAGAAAGCGACAGGGAUAGGUAUAGGGACAAGUCCAGGGAAAGCUCUGUUGAGCUCAACACAUACUCCAAGGACCCUAUGUAUCCUUUUUCCCACCCUCCUAAUGCAUCUAUGAUGGCAACCUUCUCCACCACCCAGUUAUCUCUGUAUACCAGCAGCCCCUACUCCAAUGCCUUCCCUCCAGGUUGGGGUUAUCCCCCUGGUAUUAUGCCCCCUGGCAUUAUGCCCCCUGGUAUUAUGCCCCCUGGCCUAAUGCCCCCUGGGAGCAUGCCCCCUGGUAUUAUGCCCCCUGGCAUUAUGCCUCCUAGCCUAAUGCCCCCUGGGAGCAUGCCCCCUGGUAUUAUGCCCCCUGGUACCAUGCCCCCAAACCUUAUGCCCCCUGGUACCAUGCCCCCUCCCCCUGGUAUUAUGCCCCCUGGUACCAUGCCCCCUGGUAACAUGCCUCCCUUCCCAUACCCCCCCCCUGGGUAUCUACCUUACCCCAGCGCCCCACCGCAUUACUCUAAUAGCACAGCAGCCUUAAGCCAGACAUACACAUACACCCAGCCUGCUAGCAACCUCCAGCUCUCAUCUACCCAGCCUGCCAGAAACCACCAGUUAACAUAUAUCCCGCUCACAAACAACCAUCCCACUGGCACCCUCCAGCAGCUAAACACCAAGUCCACUGGCAACCUGCUCCAGCUCAUGAACCUCCAACUCCCAAAAAGCAAGCCCGCUAGCACCCGCCAGCUUACAUACAUCCAGCCAGCUAGCAACCCCCAGGUCACAUCUACCAAGCCUGGUGGGACCCGCCAGCUUACAUACAUCCAGCCCGCUAGCAACCCCCAGGUCACAUCUACCAAGCCCACUAGCACCCGCCAGCUUACAUACAUCCAGCCUGCUAGCAACCCACAGGUCACAUCUACCCAACCCGAUAGCGAACUCAAGUUCACAAGCUCGGCUGUACUCACGCCAACACUGAAAGUGUUGACCCCAGACCCAAUCUCCUUGAGCAAGGCCCAACAACUGAAGGAGCCGUCACACCCCCGCUGUCUGCAGUACGUUAAGACGGUGGUGCCCAAGGGCGGCAACCGCCGCGUAAGACGGCUCACCAAGUCAAGAGUCAAGAGAAACAGCCAGGCGUUUGGAGAAAGGUGUAAGAAAUACAGGAAAGAGGUUCUGAGAAAGAGGAGAAUAUAUCGAGAUCUCCAAGAGAAGAGAGAUGGACUGAUUGCAAGAGCUGCAGCGAAAGUGGCCGCUCAGGUGGCUGCAAAGUAUCCCAGGGCCCUCUCUGAAGCGGAAGCAGAGAGCGAUGUUGAAGGGGAGAAAAAAACAAUGCCAGAAGAAGCGAUUAAGGGGAAACUAAAGAAAAAGCUUGAAGAGUUCAACCUGAAGAUGAAGCGGAAAUCGACACAACAAACACCAACAUAAACUCAAAGGCAGUUUGUUAUCUUCACUGGGCAUCAUGAGCUCAUCUCCCACUAGACUAGAACCUUCUACUGACCCAUCCAGACCCUAUGGACAUCAGUUGGCUUACAUUCUUAGCUAGCAACCAUUUAUAGAUUUGUAAUGACACUAGCAAAGGAUUUGUUAUCAUCCUUUAAGACUACAUUUUGAAGAAAUUUUUUUCAGUGUAUGUUCAGAUUGGAUUUAUCUGUACUAGCAUGGGUACGGCCAGGGGCUUUUCUUUACGACUUGAUCUGACUAGCAAAAAUGAUUGCCUAUAUAGGCUUUAAUUAGGGCCUGAAGGUUUUCCUAGGCUGGUCAUUUGGUCAGGAAAAACUCCUAACCCAUUUCUGUGGAUCCUCUUUCACUGUGUAUAUAUACAAAUAAAGAGUUAUUUUAUUUCUUUCUUUUUCUCAAUAAAAAGUAACUUCAAUAUGGAA